AUGACUCUUUCUGAUGCGCAGCAAGAAUGGGCUCCAACUGAGAAAUGCUCAAUCGGGGCAGGAAAGCCAUUUCCUCCAGCACUUCCAGAUCAAGAGCGCUACACUGUCGACUUUGAAGGACCGGAUGAUCCCAUGCAUCCUCAGAAUUGGCCGUUGACAAUCAAACUUAUAUCCUCGAUAAUGGCCUGCUCAGGUACAUUGAUCGCCUCCCUGAACAGCGCCAUCUUCUCGACCGCAGCCGACCAGGCCAGCCGUGACUUCGAUGUAGGAAGGGAAGUGAUUAGUCUCGGGACCGCUCUCUUUGUCUUGGGCUUCGCCACAGGUCCAGUAUUCUGGGCGCCCAUGUCCGAGCUUACAGGCAGGAAACUGCCGCUGGUGAUCGCCAUUCUCAGUGAAGGGAUCUUCACUGUCGGCUGUGCAGCUGCACAGGAGGUCCAGACCCUGAUCAUCUGCCGCUUUUUUGCUGGGGUAUGCGGCGCGAGCCAACUGACCGUGGUCCCGGGCGUGCUCGCCGAUCUUUACAACAACGCCCACCGUGGCGUCGCAAUCGGGCUGUAUGCGUUGACGGUAUUCGGGGGCCCAUUUAUUGCCCCUAUUGCUGGCGGGUUCAUGGCGUCAGGUCAUCUCGGCUGGAGAUGGACACUGUACAUCCCAGCCAUUCUGGCCCUAGCCAUUGGCGCGCUUUCCAUUCUCUUCUUAAAGGAGACGUACCCUCCCUGUAUCCUUGCUGUCAAGGCAUCUGGCAUUCGAAAGAAGAGACCAGAAAACUGGGCCAUUCAUGCAGAACAGGAAACGGUCGAGCUGGAUAUCGCCGUUCUGGUCGAAAAGUACUUCAAUCGCCCGCUGCGCCUGCUCGUCACCGAGCCCAUGUUGCUUCUUAUAUCGUUGUACAUGUCCUUUAUCUACGGUUUGGUCUAUGCCUUACUCCAGGCCUUUCCGUACGUAUUCGAGCACAUCCAUGGUCUACACCCGGGGCUGGCUGGGCUCAUGUUCGUCGGGCUAAUAAUCGGCGUCGUCCUGGCCCUCUGCUUUAUCCUUUCCCAGCAAGCCCAGUAUGCAAAAGCACUGGCGGAGAAUGGAAAUGUGCCCGUUCCCGAAUGGCGACUGCGUCCAGCCAUGCUGGGGGCUCCGAUAUUUGCCCUUGGUCUGUUCUGGUUCGGCUGGACUGGCUUCACCCCUCGAAUCCACUGGGCCGCACCAGCAGCCGCUGGGAUCCCUAUUGGCUUCGGCAUUCUUUGCAUAUUUUUCCCGUGCUUCAACUACCUUGUUGAUGCCUAUUUACCGGUGGCCGCCUCUGCCGUCGCUGCGAACAUCAUCCUCCGGUCAGCCUUUGCAUCCGGCUUUCCUCUCUUUACUCGGCAGAUGUUCGAGACUAUGGGGGUGCAGUGGGCAGCCACCCUGCUUGGCUGCUUAGCUACAGUACUCGUCCCAAUUCCGUUCGUCUUUAAGGCCCUUGGGCCGCGACUAAGGCGGACUGCAGGCUGA